AUCUGCCAAACCUUCUUCACCCUUUGUCUUUCUUCCUCCUUCGGCUACUGGGUUCAUUUGAACCCAGAACGUUGGGUUCGUUUGAACCCAGAUUCGGGUUCUGCGAAACCCAACUCUCUGGGUUCGUUUAACCCAGAUCGUUGGGUUCCACAGAACCCGGAUCUGGGUUCGUUUGAACCCAGUUUUGGGUUCCAUGGAACCCAACAAUCUGGGUUCGUUUAACCCAGAUCGCUGAGUUCCAUAAAACCCGAAUCUGGGUUAGUUUGAACCCAGUUAUGGGUUCCAUAGAACCCAACAAUCUGGGUUUUGCGAAACCCAAGAAUCUAGGUUCGUUUAACCCAAAUCAUUGGGUUCUACAGAGCUCGAAUUUGGGUUAAGUAACAAACCCAGUUCUGGGUUCCAUGGAACCCAGCAACAUAAGUUCAAGGAAUUUGAAUUUCUGGGUUUUCAAACUCAUGUUUAUAGAUUUUUUUUGUUUAGUAACUCUAGCAAUUUCUAUGCAUAUAUUGAACUCUUUUGUUUGAUAGAUUUUUGUUUCAAAUAUUGUGGUUGUGGGAUGGUAAUUUAGUAUUAUGAAUGCUGUAAAUUUUGUUUGUAUGUUUUGAUUUGGCUAUUUCUCUUGUGAGUAUAUGAUCAUUAGGUUGGAUUGAAGUAGUAUGAAUUUUUAAGGUUUUGAUUUUGUUUUGAGAAAGCAAGAGGGGAAGAAGAGAAAGAGGGAGGAGAAGGUUUGGUGGAUCUUAGCUUUGCUGGGUUCGGCCAGCAAAGGAGGCAGCAACAGAAGGAGGAAGAAAGAGAAAGAAAGAGGAGGAAGAAGAUAGGUCGAAGAGGUUUUUUAUAUUUUUAUUAAAAAUAUAAAAAUUUA